UCCUCCGGCAGCCGGGGGUCAGCGCGGGUCAUCGCGUGCGGCCUUAGCAACCGCGGCCGCCCGAUCCUCAGGCCGGGCCCUGUUGGGCGACACCGACACCGACACCGACGCCGACACCGACGCCCAGCCGAGCCCAGCCCAGCUCAGCCCAGCCCAGCCCAGCCCAGCUCAGCCCAGCCCAGCCAUGCUGGAGGGACUGGCAGCCUGGGUGCUAAACACUUACAUUGGCAAAUAUGUCAAUAACCUCAACACAGACCAGCUCUCCAUUGCCCUGAUGAAAGGCGCUGUUGAAUUGGAAAACCUUCCUCUAAAGAAAGAUGCCCUCAAAGAAUUGGAUUUACCUUUUGAGGUAAAGGCAGGUUUUAUUGGGAAGAUAACGUUGCAGAUCCCAUUCUACCGGCCUCAUGUGGAACCCUGGGUCAUAUCCAUCUCCAAGCUCCAUCUGAUUGGUGCACCAAUUAAACAGUCUGAAUUUGAUGAAGAGACGGAACGGUCACUGGACAGGAAGAGAAAGAGUGAAUUACUGAAUGCUCUGGAGGCAAAAUGGAAGAGAGACCAACAGCAGAAAGGGGAGUCUUAUUGGUACUCGGCUACUGCGUCCAUGGUAACCAGAAUUGUGGAAAAUGUGGAGUUGAAUGUUCGAGAUGUCCAUUUGCGUUUUGAGGAUGAUACCACUAACCCUGAACAUCCAUUUGCUUUUGGGAUAUGUAUCAAGAGUGUAUCUGUACAGAAUGCAGAAGAUGAGUUGGUUGAGAAAUCCAUAAGAAAGAAGAGAUUAAAAAUUGAGGAUUUCAGUAUUUACUGGGAUAUGGACACUGAGUUACUGGGCGAUGUUCCUCCUUCUGAACUCCAGGAUGCAAUAGAUCAUUGCCUGCAAAACAGAGAUCACAAGUACAUACUCGAACCUGUCUGCGCUUCUGCACUUUUAAAGAGAAACGGAGCCAAAGAGCCCUUGCGUUCCCGGAAUACACCGCGCAUUGAGUGUGAUGUCAAACUGAAGACAAUUCCAUUGAAACUUUCGCAGGUGCAGUACCAGCAAUUGAUGACAUUCUUGAAAGAAAUGGAAAGAAAAGAACGGCAACUUCAAUUGAGAAAAUGGAGACCUAAAGUUCCCAUUAAAUUAAAUUCCCGGGAGUGGUGGAAUUUUGCACUAAAUGCCAAUCUUGCUGAGAUUCGUGAGCAGAGGAUGCGAUUAAACUGGACCUUUGUGUUGCAACGAGCAAGGGACGCAGUAUUCUACACUGAGAAAUAUCAUCAAAAGCUGAAAGGAAAUCUGAAUUCAUUAGAAGAGGAGGAGGAGUUAGAACGGAUUGAGGACGAACAGAGCUUCGAAGAGCUGGAAAUCUUGCGAGAAAUUGUAUUUGAGCAGUUCAAGAAGCAUGAUAUACUGGCUGAGAAACUGCGUGAGCCUCCCUCAGAAGCUCUGGGUUCUUCCUCACACCCAAAGUCAAUGCAUGGAAACCGCAGCGGCAUGAUCCAGUAUCUGCAGUCUUGGUUCCCUGGGUGGGGUGGCUGGUACGGCUACUCUCAAACCUCUCAGCAAUUGCAACAGGGUAUAACUGUGGAAGAUCUCACACCUGAAGAGCAGCAGCAGUGGAGCCCAGAAGAGUCAUUAGAUGGCGAUGAAAUCUUUAACACAAUGACUGAUACAUCAAACUUGAACACAUUCACGAGGAGGGACCAUGUUUUUAUUAAACUGAACUUCCUGCUACAAAGCGGGACUGUCAGCUUGCUGAGACACGAUAAGGAGACUAAUCUUUGUGGGACUGAGACGGCUUUUGUAGAACUGGAGUUUUCAGGAGUGAAAAUUGGUGUGGAGUCCUCCCCUCGUACGGAAUCUACCCUGUUCUCUGUUCAGCUGGGAGGCUUGUUCCUGCGAGACAUGGCAACACAAGGUUCCUUAUUCCCUGUCCUAGUUUCACCCAAACCAGAGAAUGAUGCUGCAAGCUUAUCACAGACAUUGGGAAUGCGUUCCACUUUGUCUGAGACUGCCAAUGUAAACCCAGCUCUUUGCUCUCCCAGUAAGUUGCCACCUGUAUUUGAAAUGAUCUAUGAGAAAAAUCCAGUUUGGAGUAACUAUGAGAGAAGAUUAGAAGUCAGCACUCGACCCCUCAACAUCAUCUAUAACCCUCUGGUUAUCAAGAAAGUUGCUGAUUUUUUCUACAAGGGCAAAGUGCACACAUCUGGCUUUGGUUACCAAUCAGAACUAGAGUUACGUGUGGCAGAUGCUGCCAGAAAGCAAUACAAUAAGCUCAAGAUGCAAACCAAGGCUGAAAUCAGGCAAACUAUUGAUCAGCUACUGGUGGGAGAAUUCAUUGAAAACGACAAACGCUGGAUGAUGAAGUUAGAUAUUUCCGCUCCUCAAGUGAUUUUUCCAGAUGACUUUAAAUCUCCAGAUUCUUUGUUGGUAGUUGUGGAUCUGGGUCGAAUUCUGCUGACAAAUUUUCGAGAUGAACCCAAAAGCAGAGCCAGCGCCAGGCUUUCUGUCCAAGAAGAGGAACUGAGCGAUGAUGAAUACAAGACACCACUGGCCACACCACCCAACACACCACCGUCAGAGUUCAGCUCCGACCCUGGGACAAAGUCCACCGAAUCCCUAGGUUUUGGAUUUACUGAGGAGCAGUUGCAACAACACUUUGUCAACAACAAGCUUUAUGAGAAAUACUCUCUGUCCUUCAUGGACAUGCAGAUCAUGGUGGGGAGAGUCAUGGACAACUGGAAGCAUGCUCAGGACAGUGAGGUUGGGCCAACACAUGUUGUCGAGAGAUUCAAUGUGCUAUUACAAUUAGAACGGCGGUUAAUGUAUACCUCUGACCCAAAUCGGCCUGGAGUCAUGCUUUGUGGCACUCUGCCUGAGCUUAAAAUACAUGUCAAUGAGGAUAAGAUAGUGGCGUUGCGAAAUUUUCUGCUGAGGAUAACAGCUUCUGAGAAGCAGCAGAAAUCAGGUGAGCAGCAGUCAUUGCGGCGAGAAAAAAUCUUCAACAAAGUGGAUAGCCGGGGCAAGCUACUGGAUUCCAAGAUGAGUCUGACGCAGAGUGUGAUGUCACUCGAGCAGCACACCCGUGAGGUCCUAGUUGAGUCCAAGCUGCUUAUAGCAGAGUUCAAAGUUAAUUACAUGCAGUUGGGAGUGGAGAGUUGUGGGCGAUACAUAUCUGUGCUGAAGGUGUUUGGCAUUAAUUCCAACUUUGUGAAGAGGCCUUAUGACAGCGAGGUGACACUGACUGUACAUGGCUUGCUCUUGGUGGACACGGUCCAGACAUACGGUUCCGACUUUGACUUGCUGAUGGCAUCUCACAAAAAUUUGAGUUUUGACAUUCCCACAGGCAGUCUCCGUGACAGUGGAGCACAAUCUCCUGUCUCUCCUCAUCCCUCUGUUACUCCACUGGCCACUAGUGGAACCUCACAUGAUGAAAAUAAAAUCACACUGAGCAACUCAUUAGUAUUGGAUGAACAAGUGCCUCCAUCAUCUACUGUUCUGAUUAAACUGGAAUAUCAGUUUGUGAGCUCCGAUUGCCCUUCUAUGAACUUGGACAGCUCUUUACGAAUCAUGUCAUUGCAGGUCAACAAUUUGGACAUCAUCCUCAAUCCAGAAACUAUGGUUGAACUCAUCGGUUUUCUGCAGAAGUCCUUUCCAAAGGCCAAAGAAGAUACAAGUCCAGAGACUCCUCUUACGGAUCCAGCCAUGAGUUUUGAGGAUAGAGAGUCGAUUCAGUCCACCUAUGAUCAAAAUACACAAGUGGCAGUCGAAAUCCAUCGGCUGAAUGUGCUACUGCUUCGGACUGUCGAGCUAACAAGUGGAGAGAAACUGGGGAGAAAAAUUGCUACAGCUAGUAUCAAUGGCACAAAGGUAAACGUUUCCAUGGGGAGUCGGUUUGAAAUGAAUGGAUCUCUCGGUUGCCUUCAGCUAGUGGAUUUGACCCAAGAUGAAGUGAAGAACCAUUUUGUAGUGAGCAUUGGAAAUACAGACGCAUAUGAAACAAUAAGUGACUUUGGAUUCUUUCAGUCUGUCUUCAUGAGGUCUGAAACUGAGAUGAAUCAUAGUGAAGCUCUGAGCUUUAAGUUUAUAGAACAUUCAAAGGAAGAGUUUAAAUUGAGUCUGCACAUGGCAUCUUUACAUUAUAACCAUUCGCCCAAAUUCCUUAAGGAACUCACCUUAUCCAUGGAUGAACUUGAGGAUAACUUCCAAAAUAUGCUGAAGAGUGCAGCUUCCAAAGUCUCCACCGUCUUGGUAAACAAAACUGCCGAGUACAGCGAGAUGGUCUUACUUUUUGAAAAGCCACGGAAGACGAGGGAUAUGUUUGAACUUGAUGACGAUGUGGUUGCUGGGAUGGAAGCUCCCGAACAGAAUCCAGUAAAAUUAGUCUUGAACAUCAACAUCGAGUCACCUGUGGUGGCAAUCCCACGGAAACCAGGAAGCUGUGAGCUGUUGGUUGGACACUUGGGCCGGACGUCAAUCCAGAACUUUGUAACCGGUGAAGAUGAUUCAGGGAGAGACCGACUGCAAGUGGAAAUUAAAGAUAUUAAAAUGUACUCUCUCAAUAACAGCAUGCGUGGUUCCAAGACAGAUGCCAGCGAAUCUCCUCGAUCGGCAUCUGGUGGUGCCAGCACCUCCAGUCAGGAAGAAAUGCAUUUCACACGGCAGGAUUUCUUUGAUUCCAUACACAAUGGUCAAGCCUUUCAUAUCUUGAACGACACCACAAUCCAGUUUGUUCUAGAGAAAAUCCCAGUUGAGACAGAUCCCGGGUCAUCCUUUCCAGCUGUUAACUUUUCGGAUUCCUUCGAGACCACCAGUAAAAUGAAGAUCGAGGGGAAAUUUGUCAAUCCUUUGAAGGUAAUGUUAGCAAAGCAUGUUUAUGAGCAAGUCUUGCAGACGUUGGAUAACCUAACAUACAGUGACGAUCUUGGCAAUAUCUCGCAUGGUUCAACUGAUGGCGUGCCCGACCCCCAUCAUGUCCCUUCACCAUUGAGAAGUCAGAAGAUCGCCGAUCUUCAACGAGAAUGGAAAGAGAGCGGACUUUUCGGUCGAAUGAGCUAUCCAUCUAGUCCAGUCGAUUCCUUUCCGAUUCCAGAGUCAAAAUCAUUCACUCAAAUACAGGCUAAUUUCUGCAUCUCUGAGUUACAGGUUCAAUUGUGCGGUGAUCUUGCUUUGGAAGCACAAGGUUUGGUUAGUUUAAAGUUUAAAGACUUUGAAGUUGAGUUCAGUAAAGACCAGCCUUGUACUCUGUCUAUUCAGGUAGCUCUACGGUCACUGCUAAUGGAAGAUUUGCUGGAGAAAAAAACAGACUCCAAGUACAAGCAUUUAAUGGUGUCGAGGGGAGCACCAAAAGCUUCCAGUUUCAAUCAAAAGGAAUAUUUGUCCCAGUCUUGCCCUUCUAUCUCUAAUGUGGAGUAUCCUGAGAUGCCAAGAUCCCUGCCAGCUCACAUGGAAGAAGCACAAAAUGUCUUCCAGUUUUACCAAAGGCCGUCAUCUACACGCAGAAAACAUAAGGAAGAUCAAGAUGCAGAACGUCUUCUGACCCCUCCACCAUCCCCAAUACUGAAAACCUCCAAGGUGUACUGCACCAGAACAAACUUUGACGAUUCAUUAGUACAUAUUAAUAUUUUUCUGGUAGAUAGGAAGCACCCUGAAUUUUCUACACGUUACAGUAAAGUCAACAGGAAUGUGGAUGUAGAUUUUAACUGCUUGGAUGUGCUGAUUACACUUCAGACCUGGGUAAUGAUCUUGGAUUUUUUUGGGAUUGGAUCAACAGCCAACAACCAUGGCUUGAAACCUCCAGUGGAGGAGCCUCAACCUCAGAUGCAACCUGAUGAAGCGGGUGCUCUAUAUAAUGCAGGACAGGAGCCAGUCAACACAAAGUUAGAUCUGAAGGUUCACUCACUGUCUCUGGUACUAAACAAAAAGACAAACGAGCUCGCCAAAGCGAAUGUGUCCAAACUGGCAGCACAUCUUGCAUUGAUAGAUGGGGACUUUGCUCUGCAUGGCAGUCUUGGCAGCCUCUCCUUAAGUGAUCUGACAUCUCACGGAGAGCUGUACAGGGAACGCUUCACCACCAGCGGCAAGGAGGCAUUGGUCUUCAACAUUUACAAAUACGGCCGAGCAGACCCAAAGCUGCAACGGGACUGUGACGUGAGAGUGAGUUUUCAGAUGGCAUCGGUACAGUAUGUGCACACUCAGCGCUUCCAGGCCGAGGUGGUGGCAUUUAUACAGCACUUCACACAGCUGCAGGAUGUACUGGGGAGACAGAGAGCAGCUGUAGAGGGACAAGCGGUGCGAGACAAGGCACAGAGGGCCUCUCGGAUCCUGCUCGACAUUGAGGCUGGUGCUCCAGUCGUCCUCAUCCCAGAAAGCUCCAAAUCAAAUCAGCUGAUUGUGGCAAACCUUGGUAAACUGAAAGUGAAGAACCAAUUCUUGUUUGCUGGAUCACCAGGGACAUUCUCUCUGCGAGACAAGAAUUUGAUUUUGCACGCCAAUUCAUACAAGGACCCGUCAUUAUUUGAGGAACCUGCGAACGUCCCAUCUGAAGAAAUAGUAAAUCAGAAGACGACAACGAGCACCACAUCAGAUCCUCUAUCCAUUCUUUGCAGACCAGACAAACUUGGCUCUGGUGCUGGUUGCUCCAGAGAACCUCUUCAUAAUAAGCCACGGUGUGAAUCUGAAGCAGGAGCAAAACAGAAAACACAGGAAGGAGGGCAGCAUGCUCAACCUCAGAUUGUGGAGCUAAAGGAAUCCGAGGAAGAGCAUAUCUGCCUGCUAGACUGCAUUGUGGUUGACCUACAAGACAUGGAUAUCUUCACUGCAGAGAGACAUCCCAGGGAGCGUGCUGGAAGGCCUGAGAGCAGUGCUUCAGACCUGCAUUUCCCAUCCUAUCUGGUCAGACAUCUUGAUGGGAACCUGCUGAAAGAACGAUGUUGUCUGAAACUGCAGGUUGAACGUAACCUGGAUAAGGAGAUCAGCCAUGCAGUCCCUGAUAUGGCCAUCCAUGGCAGUCUCUCAUCAGUCCAUUGCUCUUUGGACCUUGGUAAAUACAAGUUAAUCCGUGGAUUAAUACAGAACAAUUUAGGGGAGCCUAUUGAAGAGUUCAUGAGGCCAUUUGAUUUGCAGGACCCCAGCAUACAUACUGUUCUCACAGGAGAGGUAUACACGAACAUGUCGUUUCUCAUCGACAUGAUGAAUGUAAGCUUGGAGCUUCUCGGGUCAAAGGGCAAGAACGCAAGCAGCAGUUCACUAGCAAGGUUUGAUUUCAAAAAGUCGAAGCUACUUUAUGAGAGUUUUUCAAACACGACAAAGUCUGUAAAUCUGGUCUCCCACUCAAUGAUGGCUCAUGACACACGAACCGCUGGACAAGCAAACAACCCAGACCUUAAAACUAACGUGUUUCGAUGCAUUUUGGAUGCGUCAAAAAGUGGUAGCAACCAAGCCUCCUUGCAAAUGGAACUACAUUACAGGUCGACCAGAGAUGCUUCAUGUUUCACAGUGGUUCUGAAUAACCUCCGUGUUUUUGUCAUAUUUGAAUGGUUGAUGCUUGUGCGCGAUUUCCUGCAAACUUCUGACAGCCCAAAGAAACCAGAAAAUGCCUCACCAGCGCGUGACCGAAAAGUGGGCAGCGAAGUGUUGAUUCCCAAAACUGUCAAGUAUGGAGUUGUCACAAAACGUUCGUCUGUGCCAAUGCCAAAUGAGAAAUACCUGGAAGUGAAAAUCAACGUAACCGGUACUGAAUUUGUAGUGGUUGAAGACAUGUCAUGCCAUGAUACAAAUGCAGUCAUUCUGAAGGCCACGACUGUGCUCACCUACAAACCACGUCUAGUAGAUCGGCCUUUCUCCGGCAGUCUUGGAGGAAUUGAGGUGUUUUCAUGUCGACUUGGCAGUGAGCAAGAGACUGCAUUGUCCAUUAUCGAUCCUGUAAAUGUGCAGAUAGAAUUGAUUGGCAACCCUAUCUACCAGAGGAGCUCAGGUCUACUAGAUGCCUUUGGUAGUGAGGAUUUCCCACCAGUACUUGAGAUCCAAUUCUCCAGUCUUGACAUCAGACUUUCAUACAACGAUGUACAGCUAUUUCUGGCAAUAGUGAAGUCUAUACCAAAGCAGACGACUGCAGUGCCUGUCAUGCCUGAUCCUGGGUCAAUGAAUGGCAAUACCAACUCAUUUCGUUUGACAGGCACCUCAACAAAAGGAUCUGGGAAAAAAGAAACAAGUGGACACCAAAUAGAUCCUGUCCUUGAGUUGCAGCUGGAUCGCCUCCAAGACCUUGGAUUUAACCUGGACGAUUGUCGUAAAGCAUUGCUGCAAUCCAAAGGCCAGCUGAAUCAGGCAGCCAUGUGGUUGUUUAAGAACGCUGAGCCCGUGUCGGCAGGUGCAGCAGCAAUCAGCGGUGAUGGUGAAGCAGGUGCAGCAUUGCUUAUCUCCGGGGUCGAGGUGAAAGCUGAGAGCAUCUGUAUCUGCUUGAUCGAUGACUGCAUGGAUUGUGAUGUACCUCUUGCUGAACUUACCUUUUCAAGAUUAUACUUCCUGCAGAGAGUGGGAUCAAAUCCAGAGGGGUCGGCUAAUUUUACUCUUUCUGGAGAUUAUUACAACCGUGAGUUGUCAGGGUGGGAGCCUUUUGCUGAACCUUGGACAACGUUCCUGAAUUGGCAGCAGCAAGCAGCUAGCCGUCUUCACCCACCUCGACUUAAGUUGGAUCUCCAAGCAAAACAGCGGCUUGACAUCAACAUUACAUCUGUCCUGAUGGAGCAGUACAAAAGGACAAAAGCCUCUUGGAUUGCUGACUACUGUAAGGAAGAAAGUGAAAGUUCAGAAACAUCUCAGUGGAGGACUGGAAUGUAUGUCGAUCCAUUACUCGGACAGAACAGCCCUCUUGCCUACCUUAGAACUAGAAGCACUGCCAGCCUGACCAACCUAGAGCGGCAGAUAUAUGCCAGAGCAGAGGAGAAGAUACUGAAGCGACGGCAACCUUUUGUGCCGUAUGCUCUGAGGAACCACACGGGAUGCACCUUGUGGUUCGCCACACUCACCACCACUCCAACAAGAGUGGUCCUGUCUCACAGCGAAAGGCCAGGCUACAUGCAUGAAGCAACUGUGGCUGAUCUUGAUGACCAGCACAAUGUCAGUCAAUGGCGUGAGGUGCUCCCUGGAGAAGAAGUUCCUUUCGAGUUUGAAGUUAGGGAAAAACUAAGACACAGACAUACCCAUGAGUUGAAGAUUCAUCAGCUUUUGGUCCGUGUGAAUGGGUGGGAACAAGUGAGCCCAGUAUCUGUGGAUAAAGUCGGUAUCUUCUUCCGCUGUGCAGCACCCGAUCGCAACAACCAGUCAUCCAUGGUUGGAAGUCCCAUUAGCAAGACCAAUAUAAUACAUCCACAUGUUUAUUUCUCGGCUCUUCCCCCUGUCCGGGUUGUAUUCUCUGUGACUCUUGAGGGAAGCGCAAGGAAAGUGAUAACAGUCCGCUCAGCACUGAUAGUGAAAAACAAACUGGAGGUACCCAUGGAACUGAGAUUGGAUAGUCCAUCUGCUCCAGACAAACCAGUGGUGCUGCCAGCUGUGCUGCCCGGUGACUCAUUGGCAAUCCCUUUACACCUGACGUCCUGGCGUCUACAAGCAAGACCAAAUGGAUUUGGUUUGUUUUUCUGUAAAACGCCCAUCCACUGGACCAGUGUAGCAAAAGUAGGAGAAGUGAACAGCAGCAAGCGAGAGUGCCAUUCGUCAGACUGUGAUGACAAUAGCUCCUUCAGGUACUGUGUGGCAGUUAAGAAAGAGAACUACCCUGAUUACCUGCCCUUAAAUUUAAUGUCUGGCAAUGCAAUGCAGGUUUACCGACAACCAGGGCACACCAUCUACUUGUUGCCCACCCUUGUUCUGACAAACCUUCUCCCCUGUGAGCUGUCCUACUAUGUCAAAGGCACCCCCAUCAGUGGCUCAUUAAAGCGAGGGAAAGAUGCUGUACUACACACAGCUGACACAUCUCACAACAUCGAGCUGGGCAUAACACUUGAAAACUUCCCCAUGUGCAAGGAGCUACUGAUCCCAGCAGGGACCACUAAUUAUCAUGUUCACAUGCGACUCUAUGACACCAAUAAGAGCCUGUUGAAUCUGAGCAUUCGGAUUGUGUGCAGAGCUGAAGGUUCCCUCAAGAUACUUAUUUCUGCCCCUUACUGGCUCCACAAUAAGACGGGCUUGCCUCUGAUUUUUCGGCAGGACAAUGCGAAGGCUGAUGCAGCAGGACAAUUUGAGGAGCACGAGCUGGCACGAAGCCUCAGCCCCCUCCUGUUCAGCUUUGCAGACAAAGAGCAACCCAACAUGUGUACCAUGAGGAUUGGAAAGGGGAUCCACCCAGAUGCAGUACCUGGGUGGUGUCAGGAGUUCUCCCCAGAUGGAGGCAGCGGUGUCCGAGCCGUGAAAGUGAUUCAACAUGGGAACAGACCAGGACUUAUUUACAGUAUUGGAAUUGAUAUCCGGAAGGGUAGAGGCCGUUACAGAGAUACCAACAUUGUAACGUUUGCACCCAGAUAUCUACUGGACAACAAAUCCUCUCACAAACUGGCUUUCGCCCAACGGGAGUUUGCCCGAGGCCUGGGCACUCAAAAUCCAGAUGGUUAUAUUUCAACUCUACCCGGAGCUAGUGUAGUGUUCCAUUGGCCAAGGAAUGAUUAUGAUCAGUUGCUAUGUGUACGCCUAAUGGAUGUUUCCAACUGCACUUGGUCAGGGGGGUUUGAGGUGAACAAGAACAGUUCCUUCCACGUCAACAUGAGGGAUACCCAAGGUAAUUGCCACCUCCUCCGGGUCGAAAUCACCCUUAAAGGAGCAACAUAUCACAUUGCAUUCAGUAACUCUGAACAGCUGCCACCACCCUUCCGCAUUGAUAACUUUUCAGAGGUUGCGAUUAUUUUCAAUCAACAUGGUGUGGUGGAGCCAAGGCUAAAGACAGAAGUAAAACCGUCCACUUCACUAGAUUAUGCUUGGGAUGAGCCUGUUCUUCAGCCUUUUAUCACAUUAUCAGUGAAAGGGGCAGGCUCAUCAGAAAUUACCUGUGAUAUGAAUGAUUUUAAAGAGUCCAAGCAGCUUUAUUAUGAGAAUUUCAUCUACAUUGCUGCCUCCUAUACCUUCUCUGGGCUUGUGGAAUCCUCUGGAAGGCCUGUUGCUCAAGGUUCAGGGAAGAAAAACGUUCGCUGUGCGCAGCUAGUGCUGGAUGUUGCACCCAAAACUGGAAGAGUAAUCCUGAAGAAAAAGGAACCAGGUAAAAGAUCACAGCUUUGGCGCAUGACUGGUAGUGGGAUGUUAUGCCAUGAGGGUUCUUCUCCUCCUCAUAACCCCAACAAACCCUCUUCUAGUAAACCGCCAAACUCUGGGUUGGUCCUCGACAUUGCAGGCGUGGCUGCUGUCACCGACUGCAGGUAUGAGCCACUCAUGCUGAGAAAUCCUGACCGACGUCGGGGCACCAGCCAGAGUUGGUAUUUCCAAGAUGGGCGUCUGAGCUGUGGCCAAACAAGAAUGGUAGUACAGAUAACCAAAGGCAUUUCAGGCUUGUACGAUGGAGCAGAGGUGGUGCUGGGUCCAGAACCAACCCUUGGCCUGGAACCAGUUCCAGUGGAGCAACAGUUCAUCAACCAGAAAAUGAGACCUGGUUCAGGAGUUCUCUGUUUGCGAGUAAUUCCUGAUGGUCCUACACGUGUGUUGCAGAUUACUGAUCUACAGCAUCGCAGAACCAAUCGUUCCCUCACAGGGACCGAGGAGUGUCCGAUCGCCGAGGUUGGUGAAAUUCGGAAAUUGAAGAACCUGGAAGCUGAACAAGAGCUGGAGGUUUUAGUGAAACUGGAUGGCGGAGUUGGUGUAUCGUUGAUUAACAAAGUCCCUGAGGAAUUGGCAUUCGCCACUCUGACAGGGAUAGAUGUUCGUUACACAAAGGUCGCCACUGGUCAGAUGCUCGAGGUCAGCAUUCAGGAUGUACAGAUUGAUAACCAACUUUUGGGAACAACACAACCUAUAAUCCUUUCUCUAACACCCAACACCCCUGAAAGUGAAACCGAACCCGUGGAAUUUGGUCCUGCUGUUCAGAUCAACGCAAUGAAGAUCCCAAGCAAGAAUGCACUGACUGAACUCUUCAAGCACCUCAUGAUCACAGUGCGGAAGCUGACCGUCCAAAUGGAAGAGAAGCUCUUGCUGAAGUUAUUGCAAUUUUUUGGCUUGGGACAGUUGGACCAAGAUGUAGAAAAGCCAGAUGAAAACGCCCCUGAACAGAACAAUGAGAAAAGUGGAACAGCAAAGCGCUAUUACUUUGAAAACCUCAAACUCAGCAUGCCGCAAAUCAAGAUGAGCGUAUUUACUUCAAGCAAGCUACCUGUUGAAUUCAAGGCUUUGAAGGGCAUGCUGGGCAUCCGGUUGAUCCGCUUUGAGGAUGCAGUGAUCCACCUGGACCCAUACACCAGAGUGCACCCAUAUGAGACGCAGGAAUUCAUUAUCAACGACAUUCUCAAGCAUUUUAAGGAGGAAUUGAUGAGCCAGGCGACUCGAAUACUGGGCUCCGUGGAUUUUUUGGGCAAUCCAAUGGGACUUUUGAAUGAUGUGUCGGAGGGCGUUUCAGGGCUGAUCAAGUAUGGAAACGUUGGAGGCUUAAUACGAAAUGUCACGCACGGAGUCUCCAACUCAGCUGCUAAGUUUGCUGGGACUUUAUCGGAUGGUUUGGGAAAGACGAUGGACACGAGACACCAGGCUGAGCGUGAAUCCAUCCGCUACCAAGCAGUGACCAGCGGCGAACACCUCGUGGCAGGAAUUCAGGGGCUGGCUCACGGAAUUUUGGGUGGUCUCACCAGUGUUAUUACCUCAACAGUAGAAGGUGUGAAAACAGACGGUGGUGUUGGUGGUUUUUUCUCGGGCCUGGGGAAGGGACUGGUUGGCACCAUAACUAAACCAGUGGCCGGUGCUCUCGACUUUGCUUCAGAAACAGCCCACGCCGUGCGAGAAACCACAACCGUGAACGACCACAGGAUGCUUAACCAGAGAAGUCGAAAGCCCCGUUGUUGUAUCGGUCCUCAUGGUCUCCUGCCCUGCUACUCGGACAAACAAGCAGACGGGCAGGAACAGCUCUUCAGAGUGACUGACAACAUUCAGGCUGAAUUUUUCAUUGCCGUGGAACAGAUCGACAGUUAUUGUGUUCUCAUCUCCUCCAAAGCUGUGUAUUUUCUGAAGCAUGGCGAGUAUGUCGACAGGGAUGCCAUUUUCCUGGAGGUCAAAUAUGAUGACCUAUACCACUGCCUUAUCACAAAGGAUCACGGAAGAGCUUAUUUACAGCUUACAAAGAAAGCCGAGAAUUCAAGCAGUGGUGUGGCCAUACCUGGCCCAUCGCAUCACAAGCCCUUGGUCCACGUGAAGUCAGAGAAUCUUGCGCUCAAGAUAUCGCAAGAAAUUAACUAUGCCAAAAGCCUCUACUAUGAGCAGCAGUUGAAGCUCCAGACCAAUGAGACCCUGGAGCUGGACUCCUGAUAGUCUCUCUACUGGUUGAGAAGAAACAGCAAAGUACAGUAACAAGACCACACUUGCCUCUGUGUGAUAGUUUAUUGUCUGAGCACGUGUGUGAUCAACUCAUUUCCUUUCCGCCUCAUCCCUGAUGCCUAAUUGAAGCUCGCAGGUGGGGAAUUAAUACUAUGCUUGGUUUUGGGGACAGAUUAUUACAGAAACUCUGAUAAGGAGCAGGUUCUGUUCAAAAUGUAUUUUACAUUUUAUAUAUUGUAUUUACAAAACAAAUUGUGACAAGAGUUAAGAGUUCUUUAUAUUUUACUAAUCUGUACAUACCUGUAAUUAUACUUUCUUGUAAAUAUUUAGAAAAAUCUCACAGGAACUGUUAUGUACAGAAGCUGCAUUCAAACCAACUGCAGUGUAAUAUAGCAGAUUACGUUAUUGCACUAGAAAUGUACUUGAUUUUUCAGGAUAAUCCAAGCCCUGCAGAGUGGUGUGGGAACGUAUUUCCAUUAAGGCACUAGACCUCCUUGUUACUUUACUCAGACCCUUCCUUCCCAUCAAUGUUAUCAAGAGUCUCUGAAUCAGCAAACUGGCAGGCAAGAAUUAUUGUAGGACUACACACAGAAAAUCGAGUAUGCAGGGAGAAACAAUAUGUUGCAAACUGGCAUAAAAAGUGUUAUGUUUCUGUGAUGCAGUUAAGAUGUUAUAUUUACAGGAGAGAUUUAAGGCACAGAGCGGUUACUGCUGGAUUUUAGGCAAGGAAUGACUGCGUUUGGCAGGAGGAACCGUCAUCUGGCAGUGGCUAAAAUGAUUGAAGGUUUCUGUCUUCCUCUCUCUCUCUAAUUGGAGUGAAGUGAAUGCUAGUUUGGUCUUGUAACUUCACCUCACUCGCUUAUGUCGGCUAAAAAGAGAAGUGAAAUGAUAUCUCUCCAUUUGCAGAAAACAGUACAGUUGCAUGUUGAUAAAAACAUUGAAUGUGGUCAGAUUCGCACAGCAACUGGGACAAGUCUCUAACAGGGAAGGGUCUGUAACUGCACUGAAUUAUUGUAAGUAUAUGUAAAGUAUGUGUUAGUGCGCUGAAGUCAAAAUGUUUGUAGCUAGGUGUUUAGAACUCUAUAGAAAGGAACAAUGAUUAGAAUGUAUACGCAAUACAAUAGGCCCUUUGCACUGUUCAUAGGUGUUGAACAAACUUAUUUCAGUACUUUCUUUUCUGCUGUCACAAGGAAUCAAUCACUAUAUACAGUUUGGUAAAGAAAUGGUAUCUAAAGUGUGGUUUUGGAAUGGGAGAGUUAGAUUUGGUGACUUUGUGGACACUUGGAAUUAGAAUGGGACAGCCAAAGACUGCACAUAUGUGUAUAUAUAUAUAUGUAAGAUCUAAAGGUAUGGCCUCAUUUGGAAACUGGACCAAAAGAUGGCCUUCUGAGGGAAAGCAGAGCUAGCCUCUUCAGUUUCCACUAGUUUUGCCUAAGGGACUGAGAAUCACUGAUCAGCUUGCUUUGUGAAAGACUCCGCCCGACUAGUUUGCGGCACAAGAGACUCCAUCAAGCAGCAAAGCAUUGGUAGUUGCUAUUCCUGCACUUCUCUGCAGUACAAUCUCUGAGAUGAUCACCUAUGUUCUUCCAGAAUCAGGGGGCAUGCGGUGGGGUGGCUGCAACCUCAUUGUUGUGAGGAUGGGUGUCAAAGGGAUGAGGUUUUUUUGCCCAAUGUGGUUUUUGUGCAAUUUUUAUCAUCAAAUAAAAUCACUUGUUACGAAA